UUUUUUUUUGUAUUUCCCGCGUCAGACGAUGUUUUGAGAAAUUUUGAUUAAAAUUUGUAUUUUAUCGCAUUUAUUUGAGUUGUGUUUUACUGUUUUUUAACUAAUGUUUACCGUAAGCUAAGUUUUAUAUCAAAGAGAAUAUGGUUAGUGUUUGCUGGGCAAACAUAGGGAGACACAAACGAUAUUUUGUUUUGAAUGACUUUGGUCGAAAUCUACAUUUCAGAAGAUCGUUUUAUUUGUCGAAUUUUAAAUUUUCUAAUAUUAUCAGUAUUUACAAUGAGUUGGUCGAGAAAGCGGUUUUACACGAAGAUAAACAUCAACUGAAUGUCGUUAAAAGACUUCAGAAACUAAAUGAAGACAUUGUCAAGUAUAAACCAACAAAACUUGGAUUAUUUGGAAAGUUAAUGGGGAGUUUGAACAAUGGACUUAAGACCCCGAAAGGAGUUUAUUUAUAUGGUAGCGUAGGCUGUGGUAAGACAAUGUUGAUGGAUAUGUUUUACGAGAAUGUUGAUAUAAAGAAUAAGCAAAGAAUCCACUUUAAUGCUUUCAUGAUGGAUGUACACAGCCGUAUUCAUCAUUUCAAGAGCAAGUUACCAUCGAGAAGUAAAUCUAAAACAUCUGCCGAUCCUAUUCCACCUUUAGCUAAAGAGAUCAGUGAGGAGUCAUUGUUGCUAUGUUUUGAUGAGUUUCAGGUGACUGAUAUAGCUGAUGCGAUGAUUCUUCGCCGGCUAUUUACUUCUCUAUUUGAAUAUGGUGUUGUUGUCAUAGCAACAUCAAACAGAUCACCUGAUGAUUUAUACAAAAAUGGAUUACAAAGAAGUAAUUUUGUUCCAUUCAUACCAAUAUUGAAGAGCAAAUGUGAAGUGAUUUGUCUUGACUCCGAUGUGGAUUAUCGUCGACUAGAUAUUAAAUUUGAGGAAAAUGUUUACUUUAGUUCCCUGGAUUCAAAAAGUGAUGAUACUUUAGAUGAGAUAUUCAACAGAAUAGCUCAGCAACAACACGAUGGAUACGAGAAAGAACCACGUGAUCUUCAUGUUUUUGGCCGUGUUUUGCACGUGCCUGCCUCAUGCGGGAGACUGGCAGAUUUUACUUUCAACCAACUUUGUGAGCAGCCUCUAGCUGCCAGCGAUUACAUCACGUUAUCUAAAGAGUUUGACGUCAUCAUUAUACGUCACAUACCCGUGAUGAAUUUACUAAGAAGGACUGAGGCGAGACGGUUCAUCACCAUGAUCGACAAUUUUUACGACAACGAAGUCAGAAUCAUCUGUUCCGCCGAAGCUUCACCGGAGAAUUUAUUUCAAACAUCACCAUUAUCAAGGGAUCACGAUGAUAACCGACGAGCAUUAAUGGAUGAUUUAGGGAUCAAUGAGGUUGAGAGCUCAAGUUUAAGUUUGUUUACCGCUGAAGAAGAACUGUUUGCUUUUGAAAGAACUAUUUCAAGACUUUGUGAAAUGCAAACGAGGCAAUAUUGGGAAAGUGCUUCUGAAAGGAGUGAGCAUUGAACGGAAGUACAUGGUGCUCAGUAUUAUCUUUGUACAGAGGGAUCAUCCAGGUACAUUUUUAACAUCCCUAGAUCAUUAUCCAAGGUAUACUUGUGAGAUUCAUGGAUCAUUCAGGUAUACUUGUGUAAUUCAUGGAUCAUGCAGGUAUACUUGUGAGAUUCAUGGAUCAUUCAGGUAUACUUGUGUAAUUCAUGGAUCAUCCAGGUAUACUUGUGAGAUUCAUGGAUCAUCCAGGUAUACUUGUGAGAUUCAUGGAUCAUACAGGUAUACUUGUGAGAUUCAUGGAUCUUGUGCAGGUCAGAUGACAGAGAUUUAACAUCGCGUUUGGAUGGCGUUUUCACUCUGUAGUAAAAGCCUUUACAGUUUACUCAAGAAGUUCAUAUAAAACAGAAAGCUUGCAAAUGAUUAUAAAUUACUACAAUGGCACUUGGACAUGUUAGAAAUUCAGGCAAGUUAACUUCUCCCCCCUCCAGAAAAAAUAAAUAAUAAAAAAACAAUGAAGCUUACGUAUAACUAUGUGUACAAAAGUUGUGAAUGACAAAAAAUAGACAAGGACUUGGACAACAAACAUCGAUUGUAUUUAAAAUACCAUUAAAUAAUUACAAAUUUUUAUACUUUAA